AUAAUCGACCAAAAAAGUGCGUAGGCUCUGUUACAAUUGCUUUUAAUUGAAAAUUUAAUUAAUUCAUUCGAUAGUUCAAAAUUAAUCUUUUCAGUAAAUCAUUCUGAUAUUUCAUCUUCUCAUCUUCGAAAGUAUCUACAAUCAAUUAAGCCUAUAUUCUUCUUUUAUUAUUAAAAUAUCCCUAAAGUUUCGAGUCUCGUUCCCUUUCCCUCUCUUCUUUACAGUGUUACUUUUCACUUAGCUAAUUAGACAUAUCACCAGUUCGAUUUGUGGAAUGAUCGUUUGAUGGAGGGAAAGAUCUCAUAUCUAGUUCUCUAUCUUAACUAUUUGGCUAAAGGGAACAAUGGAAAUUACUACGAAUACGGUUAUGAUAAUCCCACUAGAGAACUAACUAAUCCGUCUAUAGGUUUAGAACGAAUUAAAGUGUACGAGAAUAUUGUCAGUGUUGCUCCUAUGGUCUACGCCUUCCUAGAUAACGUAUACAAUCUUGACGACAUGUCGCAAAAGGGUUUUAUAAUUACGUUGGAUUAUUCAAAGGAUAUAAUUGAAAAUAUUUACGCCUCUUCUUUCUUAUGCGGUCAAGAUAAGGAUUUUGACGAAUUCAACGCCGUCAUGCUUACUUGUAAUGGUGGUGAUUAUAUUAAUGAAUAUAUUUCAACAAUAGCCUGUGCUGAAUGGAAAACGUGUAAAUUCACCUAUAACAAUGAUGGUUUCCUGGAUGAGUAUAUUGCCGAUAGUACGGAUUCUCUUCAUCAAUAUAAUCGUCUAUAUCUACGAUUUAAUAAGACUUCCUACGUCGUCUGCCACCGAGAGAGGACAUUGUACGUCGACUGUAGAAACUAUUAUCGUAUGAAAUUGGGAGAGUACGUUGGAAAAUUUGCCAAUAAAUUCAUCUACUGGGAGAAUAUACGUAAGGGAAUAUUCUCCAAAAAUUCAUCCCAAACAACCUGCUAUCCAGUAUUUUGCAGUAAAAAUAAAGAGGACGAUUUUACCGCUCUGAGUUUACAUUCCGGUGGGUCAAUUGCCGAUCCGGGUACAGAAGUAUUUGGAUUAUUAAAAAGCUAUGAGGAUGGGAAAUCUUUUAUUCCAGUUUACACAACCAAAGCAACUCCUCAACAGCUUGAAGCGUAUUCUCAUUUAGUCUGUUUGUAUUUCAAUCGCACUAUAACGUCGAUUAGCCGAAAUCAAUUUCAUGAAGGACUACGACACAUAUUUAGGAAUUUCGUAUCUUCCGCUUUCAAUCACAGUUCAACAGUUCUGCUUAUCAACUGUCGGACAAACGCUCAACAAUUGUCCGAUUGCAACUUUAAAACUGAACGUGCCUUUCUUAUUUUCUCAAACGAUGUCCGUGUACUCAUUAAUAAAUGCGGAGAAAAGUUAACCCCUUUACCAGACUAUCAAUUUCGGUUGGAGAAUGUCGACUUGUGGGUCAAUCAACAAUAUAUACGGUAUACUCCCAACAAUAGUUCUUACUUUGGACGCUUACAAGUUUCUUUUCGAAACGAUUGGUUCUACGUGUCCAACUGGCGAUUUGGACAAGCGGAAUCUCGACUUAUUUGCAAGGAAUUUGGUUAUAACUUUUCCCAGUUGUUUGAUCCUGCAUACGUUGAAUAUCAUCCUAGAAAGGUAUUGCUAAGUCUCGAUUGUAAAUCUUCUCAAACAUUAAAGGAUUGCCGAAUGGAUAAUACCGGUAUGCAUUUAUAUAAUAUACCAACCUCUCAUGUCAUUAUGGAAUGCUUAAAGAAUACGAAAACAGAUUGUCCUACAAUCUUCAAUAAUCGAACAAAAGUUCACUUGUAUCGAGUUUUUCAGGAAUGUUUCUAUCAUAUUCAUCCCGCUAAAAAAGUCUCGUGGAAAGAGGUGAAAGAAGAAUGUGAUUCUCUCGGAUUAGAUUUGCUCGGAGUCGGUGCCAGAUUUCACAACAUUCACUUCCUAUUCAGUAUUUUUCCACGUUUAUUGGAUAUUGCAGUAGGUAAAUUGGAAAAAGUUGGUCCAAAUUUCUCUUUGGUGAUGAAUGGUAGAGAGAGAGUUUGCGACGAAUUGACUAUGUUCACUUGUCUAGAUGAACCAUCCUGCAUUCACAUUAAUUAUAAAUGCGAUGGUUUUCAAGAUUGUUUGAACGGAGCUGACGAAUUGAAUUGUUCAGAAAGUCGUCUAUUUCAAUGCGACGAUAAUACUUUAAUUAGCUAUCUUUUGGUUUGCGAUGCAAUUAAAGACUGUUCUAAUGGAUUGGAUGAGAAUUUAUGUGAAAACGGAAGAGAAGAAGAGAGAGUCGUCGUCGGAGGAGGAGGAAGAGAAAGUGAAUUGUUCAUUAGAUAUGAAUGA